AUGGCAGAUAGCACAAGAGACCUGAUCCAAAAGCUAAAUGCAGCUGCUGCGAUAAAAUUUGGCGACGAUGACGCUACACGACUAGAAAUGGCCAUGGCGGCCCGCAAGCUCUAUCACAAGUUGGAAACAAAUGCAGAAAAAGUCUUGCGAUUCAUAAAUGAAGAGCCUGUCGUUGGCGGAGGCGAGAAAAACAUUGACGAGCUGAGAGCGAUUGCCAAAAAAGAUAUUGACCCAGAGCUUCUACAACAUCUUUUACAACUAUUAGCUUCAAGCAAUAUUAUCAAGGAAACCGGCGAGGAUCUUUUCCAGCCGACGAACUUUUCGCUCUCUCUGGGCGAUAAGAGGACUCUCCUUGCGCCAGCACUCCGAGUAAGAACUGAUCAUGUUAUGCGUCCUUCUAUUCACUUUCCCGCAUUUCUGGGAUCACUGGUGCUGCAGGAUUUGCCAAAGGUGAUUGCUAUGGCUAAGUUUACUACGGAUAAAAUUAGAGCUAUUGGACAUAACUUUUUCGAGCCCCAGCCAGUUAAAGAUACAGGCAGUCGAGUAUACUUCUUUCACGCUGUUCUUCAUGAUUGGCCAGACAGCACGGUGGUCAAUAUCUUGAAGCAGGUCGCAGCUGCGAUGAAGCCUGGCUACUCAAAGCUGUUGGUCAAUGACAUAGUACUUCCACCUGUGGGAGCUAGCAUCUAUCAAGCCGGGUUGGAUUGUUUCAUGCUGCAAAUAUCUGGCAAGGAGAGAACAGAGGCGGUCUGGAAUAAAGUGAUUAGUGAAGCUGGUAUGAAGAUUGUGAAUAUCUGGCCGGAUGGACGUGGCUAUGAGAGUUUAGUUGAAGCGGAACUGCUAUAG